UUGAUCGCCAACAGCCUCUGCGUCCUGCACAUCAUCAUCAUCACCAUCAUCAUCGCCAGCAGCAACCAGCAGCAGCCAGCAGCAGCCAGCAUCCGACGCCGUCAGCCAUCGACAUCACCGCGCCAGCAGUGACGACGCCCCAAAAACGACAUCCGCUCACGAUCCUGGACUCACGCCUGAAACAUCACACAUCAUGCCGUUCCCUUUGCCUCCCGCCUCCAAGCUGUACUUUCCGUCCUUUAGCAUCAAGCUGAUCCGGUCAAAUCUGCCGCCGCACCAAGCCGUCUUCAAGGUCCCCCCUCAGCUGAACAAACUGGACAUCUCCUCAUAUCUGCAGGCUCUUUACAAUGUCAACGUGACGGAUGUGCGUACCAUGAACUACCUUGCCCGGAGCUGGAAGGACCGAAAGGGCCGUGAGAAGAAUGUGGCAGCCUACAAGAAGGUCAUCAUCACCAUGGAGGACGACUUUUACUUCCCUCCUCUGGCAACGGCCGAUGAUGGCGUCCAGAAGCUCCCAACACGAGCAGACAUUGUCCCGACCCGACACCAUCCCAAGAGCAAGGCAUUUGCAGACAUGAAGCUCGAUAAGAAGACCAAAGCUGAGGCCGCGGCCGCAUCGUCAGAGUAGAUUGCCUCUAGAGUGCACUGGCGAUUUGCAAUCGGUCCCGUUGACCAGCCAAGAUGAAGGGGACGGUUGUUGCUGAGUUGGGUGCUGUGGGCCAUGUGCUGCUGGUUUUGGUUGCUAUGGCAUUU